AUUAGCAGCAGUAUCCCCCUACCGCCUCUGCCUUCAUGGUCACACUGAGUGAACGUUGAUCUCAGACGCUGCCGCCGCCGCCGCCGCUGCUGCUGCUGCUGCUGGGUGGAGGCUUUACCGACAUUUCGCCUAUUGACUGUCGGUCUUGACACAUUUUCUUCGGGAAACAUUUUCAUUCGGCCGCAAACCUCUGUCCAGUGUCGCUGUGUGGUGUCCUAGCAGUGCGAGGUCUGAGGGGGAAGCCAAGCAGAUCCUGCCCUUCCUCACCGGAGUGAGAACCAUAACCAUCUCUAGCCACAGAGAUCAUGACUUCCUCGACCAUGCAGACAUCUGCUCUACUCUACCUCUCCUCAGUCUUCCUCCUGUCUCUACUUAUACCUGCCUGCUCUACCCAAAGUGAAGCAGACGUCAUUGUUCAAACACAUACUGGUCGAAUCCGUGGAAUCCACAUGCCAGUGCCAGACCGAAGCAUUGUCACAGCCUUCCUGGGCAUCCCUUUUGCUGAGCCACCUGUAGGGAAGCGCCGUUUCCGUCAAGCUGAGCCUAAGCGUCCAUGGACAGGGGUGUAUGAGGCAAAUUCCUACCCCAAUGCCUGCUAUCAGUUUGUGGACACAACAUUCCCUGGCUUUCACGGCAGUGAGAUGUGGAACCCCAACAGGGAUAUGAGUGAAGACUGUCUUUAUCUAAAUAUCUGGGUGCCCUCUUCACCUAGACCACACAACCUCACAGUCAUGGUGUGGAUCUAUGGAGGAGGAUUCUACAGUGGCUCUUCUUCACUGGAUGUAUAUGAUGGCCGUUACCUAGCUCACAGUGAGACAGUCAUUGUGGUAUCUAUGAACUACCGUAUCGGAGCCUUUGGAUUCCUGGCUUUGCCUGGUUCAACUGAGGCUCCUGGCAAUGUGGGUUUGCUGGACCAAAGGAUGGCACUGCAGUGGGUACAAGACAAUAUCCAUUUUUUUGGUGGAAACCCAAAACAGGUGACUAUCUUUGGGGAAAGUGCAGGUGGCGCUUCUGUAGGAUUCCAUCUCUUGUCUCCAGACAGCCGGUCUACCUUCACCCGUGCCAUCCUUCAGAGUGGUGUGCCUAACUCUCCCUGGGCAUCAGUCAGCCCGACAGAGGCCCGCAGACGAGCAACGCUUUUGGCAAAACUGGUUGGCUGUAAUGGAGGCAAUGACACUGAGUUGGUGGACUGUCUGCGGAGUAAAACCCCACAGGACCUGAUAGAUCAGGAGUGGCAGGUUUUACCAUGGUCCGCCCUCUUCCGGUUUUCUUUUGUGCCUCUUGUGGAUGGCGAUAUUCUGCCUGAUUCUCCAGAGGCUAUGCUCAACUCAGGCAACUUUAAAGACACUCAAAUCCUUCUCGGGGUCAACCAGGAUGAAGGCACCUACUUCCUGCUAUAUGGAGCACCAGGCUUCAGCAAGGACAAUGACAGUCUCAUAUCUAGAGAGGACUUCCUGGAAGGUGUCAAGCUCAGCGUGCCACAUGCUAAUGAUAUUGGCCUGGAGGCAGUGGUGUUGCAGUAUACUGACUGGAUGGAUGAGAAUAACGGGGUUAAGAACCGUGAUGCGAUGGAUGACAUCGUGGGAGACCACAACGUCAUUUGCCCACUAGCCCACUUUGCUCGCUCCUAUGCCCAGUACAAUGCACAUAAGGCUAACUUAGGUGGAGCUGGGCCUGGGUUGGUGAACAGUGGAGGAAAUUCACAGGGAGGGGUCUUCCUUUAUCUGUUUGACCACCGAGCAUCUAACCUGGCAUGGCCAGAGUGGAUGGGUGUGAUCCACGGCUAUGAGAUUGAGUUUGUCUUUGGCCUGCCACUGGAGAAGAGACUAAACUACACCCUAGAGGAGGAGAAACUGAGUCGGCGCAUGAUGAGAUACUGGGCCAACUUUGCACGAACUGGAAAUCCCAAUGUGAACCAUGAGGGGCUCGUAGACAGCAGGAAGCGUUGGCCUCUGUUCACUGUCAGCGAGCAAAAACAUGUUGUACUCAAUGCUGAACCACUGAAGAUCCAUAAAGGUUUGAGGAACCAGAUGUGUGCCUUCUGGAACCGCUUUCUGCCACGCCUCCUAAAUAUAACUGACAACAUUGAUGAAGCGGAGCGUCAGUGGAAAGUGGAAUUCCAUCGCUGGUCCUCCUAUAUGAUGCACUGGAAGAGCCAGUUUGACCACUACAGCAAACAGGAGCGUUGCACUGACUUCUGAGGGAUGAGAGAAUAACUGUGAGGGGGGAGUUCAAACAAAUUAUGUUCAGUUUUCUCCAUAGCCCCUUAUUACAUGUUAAUUCCUUUAUUUUAUUUUGAAUAUUCUGUGUUUUACUCACAAAUACAGGCAUUACAGAAUGUUAUUUAUAUUAUUUAUACUAUUUAUGUUUGUAUAUUUCUCUGAAUUUGUGUGUCUUAGAAAGUAAUGGGCUAUGGAGGAAAUGUUUUAUCUGCAUGAAGGAAUAUUAACUGUAUCAAAGGGUUUUCAUUACCUCGGCUGUGUGUGUGUGUGUGUGUGUGUGGGUGUCUGUUUGUCAGGUUGAACUUAUCUUAACUUCUCAACAGGCCUGUGACACUGCUCUACUGCUGUUUUACAAUCAUGUGCUGUAAACGCAGUUUUCUCUUUUGAAGAUUCCUUUUUUUUCUUUCUAGAAUUUUUAACAUCAUUUUUGUCUCAUGCAUCUGUUACGGUACCUUUAAUCUUAUUAUUAUAUGACCACCAUUUCCAUAUUCAAGUCAGUGUGUUUAAAAGUAUGUAAAAGUUUAGAGAAUACAGGGUUAACUAAGCUAGGUCUUCAGAAAAUCUGAAAAUUGUGUAAAAUGUCAAUCACUAUCCAUUAGUAUUAAUAAUUUAUAAUCUGAUGCUACCAUAAGUACAAUUUUGCAGUUUGGUGAUUAAUACCACUCACAUUGUAUAUUCUUCUAUAAUGAUCCUUUUCUUACUGAAUUGGGAAGCAUAUUAUUUCACAGAUGAGUUUCUUCAAUGCUGGGCUGUUGCCAACGAUGAUGUUAUGUUGGAUUGUGAAACCAGGGCAGAGAUGAUAUUGUUAAAUGAAAUUUAAAAAAGAACCACAGUGUGACUUCAAUUAAAUAAAUAUCUUCUUUAGGCCUUAAUAUAUAACUAUUACUAAUUUGAAGUCAACAAAUCAACAACUCACUAAAGAACCCAGUUCAAAACAAACUCAUUUAGGUGAGUAACUGAAUAAAUAAUAAUAACAUUAUUUUUGUUAUUAAUAUCACUAUCUAACUCUACUUUUAAGUCAAAUCAUGUUUGGGAGCAACACUGAAUAGCUGUAUGUCUGUGUCAUGUACUCUGUCUGUUCAUUCUGGUCCCACAGCUACACAUGUUGUUAUCUGUCUUUUUUUGCUACCAUCUUGCAGUAAUUCAUUCUCACAUAUUGUGAAGAGGAAUUAACCUUCCUUUUUCUUCACUUCCUCCAUCUUUUACCACUAACUACCACUACUGUCCUCUUUUCCUUCACCUUUUUAAUCCUCAUCUCCACUUUAUCUUCAUCUCUAACCCACUCUCUUGUCUUCUCUACAGUCUUCCAUUCAUCCAUUUGUCUUCUCAUUUUUUUCUUUUUCUUUUUACCUCAUAUCUUAUUCCUUACCCCCUCUCCCAUGUUUUUCUCUUUACACUUGACCAAACCUCUCCUCCUCCUUGUGUCUCAUUUCCUUGCUCAUCCGUCUUUCAGCUGCAUCAAUUUCCCCCUUCCUCCCACCUCCUCCUGUGCCAUGUCCUUACCCCCCUCUCCCAUCUCGGUCUGUACUCUGGCUUUCUCGUUAGUCUAAUGGAGGCAAAGUAAUUCACUCAGCAGCAGGAUAAUGUGACAGUGCACUGGCUCAGCCUCUGGCCUGCCAACCAGUGCACAAUGGAUGGAUGAAAAAUAGAAUGGAAAGUGCAGAGUAACAAGCAAGGAGAAGCAAGGAGACAGAAAAUGAAAGGGGGGACAGGGGAAGUGGAUGAGGCAGAGAGAUGGGUGGUGACAUGAAGGAACGACAAAAGGAUAGAAAUCCGGCAUUAUAUAACAUUUUGACCUUGGAAGCUUUCUGGUAACAAAAACGAACAUGCACAUGUGUAGAUACAACCCCAAACAAAAAAUGUGGUGAAGAAAACACUGACCUUGUCAAUCAAAAAAAAUCCAUUUAUUGGGGGUCCAAUGUGGCCAAACUGACUGCAAAUUAUGACAAAACAUCCACUUCCUAAGAUAAAAUAUUUACAACAGAUACACACUGUGUUGAUACAUGCUAUUGUCAUAUUUACGCAAAAUCUGUUCUCCCCUGUUGUGUUUCAAGAAUGAGAUACUUAACUUAUUAUCUAGUGAGACAUUGAGGCACAUGUUGCAGGCACUGUAAAGCUAUGCGUUGAAGUUGAAGAACAAUAGACUGUCAGGACUGUAGUAGCUCUCUAUCCAUACAUUAACAAUGGAAUGUGUAUCAUUUGUCUUGUCUGUGUCCAUCACCUUUAAUAUCACUGUAUGUGUUUGUGUGUGUGCAUGUGCUGUCAAACUCUUAUUUUUAUUUGAACUCUGGAAGGGAUAUUGAUCAAUGGCUAAUGGCUAACCCAGCAAAGUGUCUCUUUUGGCAUGUAACUCCCAUUUAUGGACUGGAGUAUUGUAGUCUAGCUUUAAAAAUAACUAAAUAUGAAUUAAGGCUUGUACCUGAUAUAUAAAUAAGUGAAGAGUGCAUGUGUGACAGGCUGUAUGAGCUGCAGCUCCUCUUAUCCAAUGGGAGACCCUGCUUCAAUGUCCCAUACCUUUCCUUACCUCAUCAAAUCCUUGUGCAUGUCCCAGAGCUGACUGUCCCUUGUAUAUCCAGCCAAACGUGGACUGUUAUUUCCUGUGAAAAUUUGUACUUUUUAAUGAAACUGUUAUAAGUUAUAUAUCUUUAAUGUUAGGUACGUUCAGUGUUAGCAAUAACGUAAAUGCAUCGUUAAAGGAAUAUAUUUGAUAUUUAAAUGCAGAGAAAAUACAACAUGAUAAAACAACUACAGUGGGUAGAGGCUGUCUUUUUUAAAAGCAAUAUUAUUGACAUCAUAAAUCAAACAUGCGUGCCAUAAAUCUUUGUUUUCUGUCCUCUGCCUCAUUGUUGUUUCUUUCAGUUAUUAGUACUGUAAGUGAUGAAGUAUGGCUCUGUAUCAUGAAUGCUGAUCUGGUUAAGGCAACAGAAAUAAAGACAAUUUGCUGCUUAGUAGUUUUCUGUGUAAUUGUACUAAGAAAAGAAGGAUGGUAAAUAAAAUGUGCUAAUUAUUACACUAUG